AUGUCGGCCCGUUACGUGGGGAAGGAGAAGAUCCCCCUGCGCGCCGACGGCUGUACGCUGCAGCUUCGCCAGCAACGGUCCGGAUUGUACAUCUGGAGCACGAUGCCGUCGUCAAACCGGGGGUGGCAGAGCGCGUGGUUCUACCUCCGGAAUGACGGUGGUCUUCUGCCGAAGUAUACCGGGAAGAUGGUGACAGAGGCCCCCCAGAAGUGGGUGUGGGGUGCUCCGGCCGAGGAGGAGAAGAGGCUCGCCCCGCUUGUUGCGGGGCUUCAGAAGCUGCGAGAGGCCCGAGUCACUGCGGCCACGGUGGCGAUAGCGUUCCAUAAGAGGAGCCUGCUUCCGCUGGCGCAGCACCGGGUGCCCAUGUUCGAGAUGACCCGGGACGUCCCUUGGGCAGGGACGAAGAUGUUAGCCGAGCCGAUAUCGGCCUCGGACAUCACCGCCCGGGUCGAGAAGACAACGACCCCGGAGACGAAGAAUUCUCGGGUGGUGCCGAUGCGCCCUGAAAAGGGCUACAUUUCCCUGGGGAUCGGGGCCGUCAAGGACUCCCCACCCCCUGUCCCGGAGGACAAAGAGAUCCGGGCCAUGAAUCGGGCCCGGAACGAGGAGCAAAAGAAGGUCAAGGAAGGCAAGAAAGCCAAGGCGGCGCGAAGGGCGGAGAGGCGGGAGAUCGCCUCCAAGAACCGCCGUGAAGCCGAGAAGGCGGGGGUCGCCCCGCAUCCGUCUCCUGAGACUUCAGUCUCAGAGAUAGAGGGCGAGGGCGGCGACGUCGACUGGCUCGACGAGCUGAUGGAGGAGGACGACGCAGUCCCUCCUGCUGGGGGGAUCGAGGCCCCGGAGGGGUCAAAGGCCCAAGGUGGGUCGGAGACCCCCGAGGGGACCCAGGCGCCGGGGGGCGGGCAGCCCGUCCCCCACAUCAUUGUGGACGACGAGGACAGCGCCCCUCGUGAAGAUUCAGCCCCCGUGGGCCUCCAAGAGGGGGAGAAGGCGUCGGAGGCCGAGCCCGAGGAGGCCCCUCAAUCGGUAGCGCCGGAGGGUCCGGCCGAGCCUACCCCAGCGUCCGGGACGGGAGCUGGUGCCCCCGUGGAGGUGUCACAGGCCGAGGCCACCAUGGGUCUGGAUGCGUGUGGGCGCGCCGGUGUCAAGGCCCUCAACCGAGCUACCCAGCUCGUGGGCCGUGACAUGUUUAAUUUGGCUCAGGCGCUCAAGGCCACCUCCCAGGAGAAGUCGAUCAACGUCUCUCUGCCGUCGUCACCGAAGUCCCCAUCGAGUCUCCGCACCGACCGCCGUCUCUCCGCCGUCUCACCGCCUUCAAACUACAGAAAGGCCGACCCGAGAGAACAUGAAGAGGAAAUGAUGAACCUGAUCUGCGGUCCCAAUGAAGAAGUUUAUCACGACGAUCGCGAGGGCGAUGAGAACCCUGAGGGCAUCGAUGACUGCUCUUAG